GGUCAAGCGCGCGCGCCGCUGCUGCGUGUUCUGUACAGUGAGGUGGGGCGGGGAGCAGCAACGUCUAUGGACGUGUGGCCAAUAGAAUUAGUCUCUGAUUUCACCGGGUACUGGCCUGGGGUCAACCUACGGACGACAUGUCAUUGAAUGUUGUUUGCUAUAAUCGCGGAACAUUUUUAAAGGUACUCGUUGAAAUGCCUAGAAGUGGAUUAAGGGGCGCACUGUAAUACGCGGAUUUGUGAUUUGUCAGCGCAUUCUAAAGCAAGCCUUGGCUCCAGGGUUAUGACGUCUAGCUCGGGGAAGAUGAGCCUGCCACCGGAUGCAUGUAACGGGACCGCUGCAGACUUUUCUGGCAUAGAAGAGGAGCUUUACGACUAUCAAAUGCACACCAGAAUGUGCAAGAAAAUAGCACAGCUUACAAAGGUAAUAUAUUCUCUCAACACCAGGAAUGAGGAACAGGAAGCAACUUUGCAAAUGCUACUACAUGUUACCACAGACACAGCAGACAACUUUCAGCCAAGCACAAGUCAGUAUGAGGAGGGAGAGGAAUCCACAUCUGCCCUUAGGGCUCGUCUCUUAGAGCUCCAGGCCACAGUAGAAGAGGUAGAGUCACGGGAACAGAGGGCUGAGGCAGAUCAUGCUGAGCGUAUGGCUGUGCUAACACGAGAGGUUGCAGAUCUGCGCAGAAACUACCACAGUCUAGAAAAGGAUCGGGACAACCAGUGCAAACUACUUCAGCAAAUUCAGGAGGAAAAAAAAUGCCUAGAAGAAGAAUGCCAGCACUUACGUCAAGUAGAGGAUGAAAACAGAAAGAGGGAGGAGGAUAUUAAGAGAAGAGAAGAAGAAGAAAGGAAGAAAGAAGGUGAGGAGCAGAGGAGAGAUUUAGAAGAAAGGAAGAAAGUGGAAGAACAAUGGGAGAAACGUUUGCUCACAUUGAAAAAUGCAUUCAAAUCACUAGAGAAGGAAAAAGAAAGAUUAGAAGAACAGUGGGGGAUAGAGAAGGAGGAGUGGAAGAACAGAAUGGAGGUCCUAGAGAAAGAAAGAAGGGAAGAGCAGGAAGCAGCCCAAAAAGCUUUACAGCAAAGCAUCAAUGAACACAUAAGUCAGUGGCAGCAGAGAGAGCAAGAGAACUGCAAAUUCCAGAAUUCCUUGUUGCAACAGAGACUGAAGAAAACAGAGACCGAGUUGGAAAUACAAGAAGAGAGAUUGAUCGAGUGCACCAGACACAGCAAUAAAUUGCAAGCAAGAAUAGAGGAUCUAGAGGAGCAGCUGGAAAAUUGUCAUCAUCGAGUUGCAGAGGCAGAAAGAAUAACGGGGAAAGCAGAAGAGGAGUUAGCUGUGGCAAAAGAACGAUUAUUACUGCAAGAAAAUGAACUGCAAAACAAAUCAGAGGAACUGUUGAACCAGAGCUCCUCUCAAGUGCGGGUAUCUGCUGAAGUGGAGGAAUUGAGAUCUCAGCUGAGUCGUCUCAACAUCAGGAACAAAGAACUGGAACUUCAAAACAGUGGCCGCUCUAAUGACCAUGCUCGCAUGCUCAAACAGCAUGCAGAUGCGUUGUCUUCCAUGCGCCUGGAACUACAGCGUGCUCAUGCUGAGGAAAUUCAGCGCCUCCAUCAAGAGGUGGAGAAAGAACGCUCAAAUUACAAACAGGAGUUGGAGGAGGAAAAGAAAAGAGUACAUAAUAAUAUGGAGGAAGAAAAGGUCCGUCUAAAAGAAAAACUAAGGAAAGCACUGGAAGAAUUGAUCUGUAAACAUGCCAGUGAGUUGCGCCAAACACAAGCCUCACUGGAAAACGAGCGAAAGCAGGCAGAGGAAUGCAAAAAGGCUGCAGAGGAGGAAAGACAAGUCCUGGAGACAGAAAGAGACGAACUACACAAACAACUACAGGUGUCUGCUUUGAAGAUACAUAAAAUGGAGGAAAUGAUACAAGCACUGGAGGAAGAAAGAGAAAAAUUCAGGAGAAGAGAGGAGGAAAGAGAGCUUGAACAAGAAAGGAAAAGAGAGCAAGAAGAAGAGAAGGAAAUUAUUGGUUUGGAGCCAUUGUGCAACCCUGAGUUUGAGAGACUUAAUGAAGAACUGAAAAACACACAGCAUACCAUACAGAAAAUGCAGGUUGACUUUGCAUUGGAGAAGGAAGAACUGCAAAUGGAAAUCUCCACACUCAAAGAAGAGAGAAAUGUACUACAGCAGUCUAACCAUAGUUUGGAGGAGAGAAUAAGGUUGCAGUUUGAGAAGCAUCUCUCUGAUCAUGUAGCAGAGCUACAGAAAGAGAGAGAAAAGGAAAUCAGAGACAUUAAACUGCACUGGCAACACAAGGUUGAGGAUCUACAGAUGCAGAUGGAGGGGGAGAAAGCGCUAUUCCAGAGGAACAAUGAAGAAAGAGAUAGUGAGGACUGCCAUGGAAAUGAAGAAAUGGAGAGAAUGAAGCUGGAGAUCCAAAAAACAGUAGAAAUGAACAGCUCACUCACUGCCCAGCUUUAUGCCACAAUUCAGGAGAAACAACAGUUACAGGUUGUACAUGAGGAAGAUGAGGAAGAGGAAGCAGUGAUGGAAAAUGAGUUAAGUGAUGAAAAGAGAGAUGAGCUUGGAUGGCAUCAGCGAGAGCAGGAAUUGUUACGGUUAGAGAGACUCAACCACCAGCAUGCCUUACUGGCUCUAGAGAAACAUGCAGGUGAAGAGCUGCAGGCAGAAAGACAGCACCUUCACACCCAGUACAAACUACAGCUGGAAAAACAGAAAGCAGAGUUAACACAGCAGCACACUGAAUGGGUCAGACAGGUCACACAGAGGCAUAUGAAGCAGAUAGAAGACUUGCAGAAUGAACUGAAGACACAUACAGAGAUGAUGGCUUUGCAACAGGACCUGAAACAGCAAAACCGACUACAGUCACUUGAGAGGCAGCUGGAUGAGAGGAGCAGUGAGGUGCAAGAGCUGAAACGAGAGAAUGAGGAACUGAGAGAGCGAAUGCAUGACCUCAACUCAGAGAGAGAAACCAGCAUGAACCACAAACAAAAGAGCAGCAAAAGGGAAUCUAAUUCCUGGAAGGAGAAAGGGGAUGAGGACAGAUCUUGGAAUGGGGAAGAGAACAGGAAUGAUGAAACACCGGUCGAAAUAGAGACCAUAAAAAAUGAAGACAGAAUGGAAAUAAAGACCAUAAUGUCUGAUUUCAGCGCAGCCCAAACACAGCUACGUGCCCACAUUAUUGCCUGCGAAACAGAGAAUGCACUACUCUUAUUAUAUUUUUUCAAUAAUUCACAAUUUAUACACAUUUUAACAAACACACAUAGCUUUAGAAUAAACAUAAUCAUAAAAAAUAACUGUUUAUGUAUGUAUAUGUAUAAAUGUAGACUUAAAGAGAGGGAGGAGACGGGUAAAAGAAGAGUAGAGGAUCUACACAUCAUUGCUAAACUGCAAGAGAAGCUCAGUGAAAGAGAUCAGCUUAUCAAGAGACUGGUGGAAGAUCUCCAUCAGUUAUCCCAACAUCCUCCUCUUAGCAGUGAAGGGACAGUGAAGUCCUAUCACCCCAGAACACAAUCAGGUCUCACACCUACCAUGAAGAGAAAGGUCCUUGAGGAUAUCCCACCAAGUGGGACCAGCAUACCAAGUCUCAGUUCGUUGGAGGGUGCAUCCCCCAAGUCAUCACAACUGUCAAGUCGGUCAAUUUUCCUAUCACAGAUACAAACUCCAAUUUCCCCUCAUCAUGAAGCCAAGACUUCUUUACGACACACUCUCUCUCCCACUCAUGAUCUCCUGCACCAGUUGCAACUCAACAAUAGCCAGCACAUACGGGCUCCAUCUGAAAAGAGGGUGAUUGAAGCAGGACCUGAUGGCCAAGACCCCAAGAAGCAAGAGUGGCUCACCAAAUACUUCUCUUUCUGAGCAUAAUUGGAUCAUGAUUUGUUUGUUAUAUGUUUUCUCCUGUCUGUACAAACAUAUGCUGCCACACAUUUUUACAUCAUGUCUAUGAUCUCAAACAGAGGGAAUUAAAAACAUAAAUCCUCAUAAUUCCACCUAAAACAAACCACUAUGUAUUAAUUUGUAGUCAAAUAUUCACAUGAAAAUGAGGAAACAUGCAGUUUCUGUUCAUAUUUUGAUUUGGAGAACAUUUUUCAAUGUAUGCUGCAUGACUUAAUGAAUAUUAAUGUAAAACCAAAUUUUUCUUUAAAAAAAACAAAACAAAACAAACUUGAUUAACAUCUGUUUGCAAAUUUCAGAUAUUUUGGAACCAAAAUAUGUUAUCAGCAACUGUUUGGUGAAUUAUUAUAUAACACACUGAACUCUUCAAAUAGAUGCACCCAGGUUUACUCUAUCCUACAUGCCAGACAUGAAUGGGUAAGUCAGAUCAACCCAUUAUUAACGUAAUAACAUUAUCUUGUAAUAACUUUAACACAAGGAGCAUUGCCAAUAAACAUGAAAAGGGAUAACUUAGCGAGGAGAGAUGAUUUAAAAUCAAAUUAAAAUGAAUGGGAGGAAAAUAUUAGACUGAAUCUGGAAAAUCGACAAUUUGAACAUUAAACAUUUAACACACAAUGAUGAUAAUGUCAAAAUAUAUAAUAUGCAAACAAAUGAUAAUAUAUAUAUAAUAUCUACGAUGAAAAGUAUUUAAAACUAUUUACCUCAGAAUACUUGUUUCUUGCCUAUGAGCUGAUUUUUAGCCCAUUUCCAAAAGUCUUUAUUGGUCUAGGGACAUGAAUGGCCUUUUUUUUUUUUUAGCUUUUACACCAUUUUUGUCAUGACCUCGAAGCUGGUAUCAAUCAGCUCUGUUAUUAUGGUAGCCCCCUCCUCUAUGGUAGUCUCCUCACAAACCCACUACCAUAGUUCAUAGCGGUACUAAUGUACUCCUUAUUUUACUUUAGAUGCAUUGCAUUUCAUUGUCCUGGCUUUUUGAUGCCAUGGUGUGCAUGCUGGUGGUUGUUCAGAAGUUAAGGCUUUUUGGGUUUUGGGCUAGCACUAUUAGGCACCGAAGCAAGUUAUUUAAACUUCAUUUGCUCAACUGACAAAAGUCUGUUUGGAAAAUAUGCUAAAUAUAUUAAAAUAUAGUUUGCCAAAUAUAUAAAUGUAAGCUGAAGAGUCUUCCUGAAGGACAUAUAUUAACACUAAAAUUGCUUUUAUUAUAUUAUUGCUGCCUUCAGAUAUUCUAUUCAACCUCCUCAAUAUUCAACCCAAACCUUCAUACUUAACAUUGGUUGUGGAAAUGACCAAAGGUAAAGAACCAGUGGUGCUAUGUAACUGGUAUUUUGAAUUAAAUAUGCUGUUUGUUAUCAAAUGCUUUAAUGAAUAUCUAAAUACAGUAUAUAACUAUAAUGGAAGUGGCUAAAGGGUAUUUGUGGUCAAACCAUCUGACCAUUGAUCUCCAAUAAAUUACAUAUAAACAACAAAAAUUGUU